AGUCACCAAGAAAGCAGCUGAUCACGAAGGCAGUCUACAAUAACAAAAUCGGCGAAAUUUCGCUGUCGUCGAUCGGGAACCCGCCGCCGCCGCCGCCGUCAGCCACCGGCUACUUCUUCCGAAGGUCCGCUUCUUCGUCGUCGGUGCACGCAAAGCGCCGCUCGUCUGUACGGAAGGCGACGUUCCAUUCAGCAUCAGCGGCGGCCUCCUCCUCCAAGAACCGGUCCGCGUCACGGUCGCGGACGAGGUCGCUCUGUCUAGCCGUGAUGGGGGCGUCCUCGUCCAAGUGCAAGCCGUCCAGGAGCUCUUCGACCGAGCGGAGGUGGUCGUCGUGCGCUCUAGCUUUACGGGCGGCGACGUCGACUUCGGCCUCCUCCAAGAGCUCUAGGACCGAGAGGACGCGGUCGUUCAGUCCGGCCUCGAGCGCCGCCUCGGCGCUGGCCUCCUGCUGCCGCUCGCGCUCGACCUCGUCGGCCGUGCCCACCAGUACGUACUCGAGCUCAUCCGACGACUCCACCAUGAAGUACCCAGUUGGCUCGUGGACCGACCCGGCGGCGGCGCACUCCGUCGUCCCACCGUCCGCCGCGGACCCCGCGAUGGAACUGGAGCCGGAACGACCUCCGCUGUCGCCGACGCCGACGCCCUCGAGGCCGAACAAGCGCGCGAUGGCCUCGGGGUCCAUGCUGCGGCCGGCGUGCUCGCGGGCGAGCGCGAGGAGAUCAUCCACCGGGAAGCGUUUCCUGGGGCGAACGCCCAGUCGACGCCGUCCACCGUCACCUCCGGGGCGGUCAUCGUCGCUCGACUCGGUGCGCACCUGCGCAUGCGCGCUCGACGAUUUGCAAGCCGGCCGCGCGCGAGAUUAUCGGAAAGCGGUUGGCUACGUAACCGGGCCGUGCCAACGACAGCAUGGUGCUGCGUGGUAA